AUGCCCCCAACCACCCAGGUCGUCUCCAUCGUGACGGGGUCGGUCGCCUUGUUCAUAGUCGGCUUGGAUAGCAUCCCUGCUCUUCAGAGUAUCACCGAUCGGAUCUGUCGCAAAUCGCCCCCGGCGGAGGAACAUACCCUAGCAAAAACCGCAUAUCGUGAUGAGGAUGGCGAGGCGUCAGAGGAAUCUCUCCGCGCUUUCUCCGAUAAGUGGCAGAGAAUUGCGAUAGCAUUUUUUUCAGCGACUGGAUCUCUGUCCACGUUGGGCCUCGCAGUGUUUACAACGUUUGAAUAUGGCGAGGUCCUGAUCCUAAAUUGGUUACAAUUUGGAAUUUGGAUUCUGCUCUCCAUCCAAGCUAUUGCUCUCUUCGCAGAACCCCGGCCAGUUCGACGAUUUGACCUGGGGCAAUAUGCUUUUGUCGGUAGUAUUGUUGCGCUCGCCGUCAUCGGGAUAGAGGUGCAACUUACAUGGUCUUCGCGAGCCCUGAGCAUCCUAUUUACACAACAGAUUUGGAUUGGCCUUGUAAUCACCCAGGCCGCCAGUGUAUUUCUUCGUGGACUAUUCACCGUUCUCUUGCCACGAAAACCAGAUCUCUUUCUUAAUGGAAAACUCGUAGACCGAGAACUCUCAGUCUCAGCCCUCGGUCGAUUCACAUUCUCCUGGGCCAAUAGUCUCCUGGCUUUCGCUGUCAAGAACAAAACGCUUUCCCUUACUGAUUUGCCAAAACUCCGAGCAGAGAAGCGCACUGAUCGUCUUCGGGAGCAUUUCGAAAAUUCACGAGGAAAUCUCAAAAUCUGGAAAGCCCUUGUUGUCGCGCACUGGAGGUCUCUAUUGUUCCAACUUGUCCUGACGUUCGUCCUCUGUGUUCUCAGCUUUGGACCACAGACAGCUUUGUUCAACAUUCUGAGGUCGCUUGAAGCCCGUGAUCUCGAUUCGUGGCACCCAGUGCAAGCUUUGAUAUGGGUGUUUGCACUUGGAGGCUUGAUGCUUCUGCAAUCCAGUAUUGAAGCAUGGGUCUUCUGGUCAGUGUGCUCGAAAUUGUUCGUUCCAAUCUAUGCAGAGCUAUCGGCUACUGUCUUUGCCAAGUCGAUGCGCAGAAAGGACGCAAAGCAUGCCAAGAAGGCCAAGAAAGCCGAUGAUGCUCGUGCAUCGACCAAAGCAUUGCUUGCAGCAGACCUGGAGGAUGAAGAGGAGGACGAUGAGGCGAGCCUGAAGAAAAGCCGACAAAGUAUUAUCAACCUUGCCGCUGUUGACGCGCGUCGGAUUUCGGAUUUCACCUCUUUCUCCUACCUCAUCCCCUUGUCGGUGAUGAAGGUAGUCAUAGGCUGUACUUUCCUAGUGCAGAUUUUAGGAUGGAAACCAGCCUUUUCUGGGAUGGCUGUCUCGGUCCUCAUUACGCCACUGAAUAUUUACGCAGCCAAGAGGUUUACCAACGCCCAGGACCGGUUGAUGAAAUUGCGAGACUCGAAAAUGGCUAUUGUCACGGAAGUCCUGCAGGGUAUCCGCCAGAUCAAAUUCUCUGCUUUAGAAGAACAGUGGCAGAAAAAGAUCGGACAGGCACGAGAGUCGGAACUCAACGCUCUUUGGAUAUCCUUCCUCUUCGAUGUUGUCCUAAUGGCUAUUUGGAUUCUAGGUCCACUGGGCUUGUCCGCGGUUUCACUGACUGUCUACGCCCUGAUACAUGGUGGCCUUUCUGCUUCGGUCGCCUUCACGGCUAUGUCGAUUUUCGGAUCCUUGGAAUUGUCACUUGCCAUUCUACCUGAGAUCAUUGCGGACGGACUGGAGGCUAAGAUUAGUGCUGACCGCAUUGGAGUCUACAUGGCCUCCGAAGAGAAGAUUGUCAACACUGUUCCCGCCGAUACAAUUUCGUUCGAGGCCGCUUCUGUGGCGUGGCCAGCCGACCAGAGCCAGCUUGUCGAUGAUGACCAGGAAGAUCGGUUUACUCUACGGGAAUUGGAUAUCAAGUUUCCUCCAAAAGGCUUGAGCGUCAUUUCUGGACGAACAGGAUCUGGAAAAAGUUUGCUCCUUUCGUCUAUCCUGGGAGAGUGUGAUGUUCUCCAAGGCACUAUCAAAGUCCCCGUCCCCCCUCCAAUCAAAGCUCGUUUCGACCAUCUCGCGAAUAGCGAAAACUGGAUCAUUGAUACUGCGAUCGCUUAUGUGGCUCAGAUUCCGUGGAUUGAGAAUGCAACGAUCCGAAGCAACAUCCUUUUCGGAUUACCCUACAAUCAAGUUCGAUAUCAGAAUGUUCUUAUUGCUUGUGCUUUAAAGAAGGACCUGGAAAUGCUGCCCGAUGGUGAUUUAACCGACAUUGGUGCCAAUGGCGUUAACCUGAGUGGUGGUCAGCGAUGGAGAGUCUCAUUUGCGCGAGCUUUGUACUCAAGAGCUGGUAUAUUGGUCAUGGAUGAUAUUUUCAGUGCUCUUGAUGCGCACACCGGUCGAUAUGUCUAUCAGAAUGCGCUUACUGGCGAGCUUGGUAAAGGUCGCACUCGUAUCCUAGUUACUCACCACGUCGAGCUUUGCCUUCCUCGAACCGACUAUUCCAUACUGCUUGAGAAUGGCUGUGUGAAAUAUGCGGGUACCCUUGAUGAGCUACGCAAGUCAAAUCACCUUGAUGAUAUCCUGCGAGAAGAGCAGGCGGCUGCACAGCAGGAUAAGAAUAUUGAAGCCGAAGAGACAGAUCAUCUGCUUGACCCGGAGGAAAGUGGUCUACAAAAAGUCAUUUCGAAUAAUCCACCUCAGCCGGAACAAGAUCAAACACCAAACAAUGAACAAGCGGCAACGAAAGCGAGCCCUAAAAAGUUUGUUGAGGAUGAGAGACGAGAGGUUGGCAACAUCAGUCUUGCUGUCUACAAGCAGUAUUUUGCUAUGGCUUUCAACCCCUUUGCAUUUUUACUUACAACAUCCAUCUUCCUCGGCUACGCCUCACUCAUGAUUGCGCGAGGUUAUUGGAUCAAUGUCUGGGCCAGUGACUCCUCAAGCACUCAAAUCCACCCGGAACAAUUCCACACCCUCUUGCAACAGUCGAUGACAACAACCAAUCCUAUACGACACGAAGAUAACCUCAUGAUGUACCUCGGUGUAUACAUCGGCAUCUCACUUGCUGCUACUAUCCUCGGCACCGCUCGAUACUUCUUUGUGUUCUCAGCCAGCAUUCGGGCCUCCAGGAACUUCUUCAAUAACUUGACAUUCGCUGUCCUUCGAGCUCCAUUGAGAUGGCUAGACACCGUUCCACUUGGCCGUAUUCUCAACCGAUUUACAUCCGACUUCCACUUGAUUGAUUCACGCAUCGGGUACGAUCUAGCGUUCUUUGUUGGCUCAAUACUGGAAGUUUGCGGUGUUAUGGUUGCUGGCGUCCUUGUCUCCCCACUUGUGAUUGUAUUUGCUGCCAUUUUGCUGAUCUUCUGCCUCAAACUCUCCUUAACUUAUCUCGCCGGGGCUCGUGAGAUCAAGCGCCUGGAAAGCACUGCCAAGAGCCCGGUCUUUGAACAAUUCGGAUCAAGCUUGGCUGGCCUCAUCACCAUUCGAGCCUUCAGCAAAAGUGAUACCUUCAUCGAUAUCAUCUAUGAUAAGAUCAACGAUCAUGCUCAGGCCUGGUGGGUUAUGUGGCUGUUUAACCGUUGGCUUGGUGUCCGCAUGAAUAUCGUCGGUGCAAUUUUCUCAACCAUGACUGCAGCACUUGUCGUCUUCCUUCCAGGCAUUUCGGCACCUCUCGCAGGGUUCGCGCUCAGCUUUGCCUUGCAAUGCAACACGGCCAUCGCUUUUGCCCUACGACACUAUGCCAACAUCGAACUUAACAUGAAUGCUACGGAGCGUGUGAUGGAAUUCUCCAGUAUCGAGCUUGAGAAUCAAGGUGGUGUUGAUGCACCCGCUGCUUGGCCAACAGAGGGACGCCUGGAGGUCUGUGAUCUCGUCGUCGGAUACGCCCCGGAUCUCCCUCCCAUCCUCAAGGGCCUCAGCUUUACCGUCGAAAAAAACCAGCGAGUUGGUGUAGUUGGCCGGACUGGCGCAGGAAAAUCAUCCUUAACGCUGGCAUUGUUCCGCUUCCUGGAAGCUCGCGAGGGAAAAAUUCUCAUCGAUGGCCUGGAUGUCUCGAAGAUCAAGCUGCACGAUCUUCGGAGCCGACUCGCCAUUAUUCCGCAAGAUCCAGUGCUCUUCUCGGGUACAGUGAGGACCAACCUGGAUCCAUUCGACGAAUACGAUGAUGGCGAGCUGUACGAUGCACUUGCUCGUGUGCAUCUCAUUGCUUCAUCUGACGACGAGGCUACUUUGACCUCCCAGGCUGCUUCGCCACGUCAACCAAGUGGAACUGGCUCGACGACACCUGACACUGCCACAGGCCAGCAAUACAAUGCGAACAUCUUCACAUCCCUCGCCGCGCCUAUCUCUGAAGGAGGCCUUAAUCUCUCUCAAGGCCAACGACAGCUUCUCUGUCUGGCACGCGCUAUCGUUGCUCAGCCCAAGCUUAUGGUUCUGGAUGAGGCUACCUCGGCUGUGGACAUGGAGACCGAUGCGUUGAUCCAGCAGUCGAUUCGGGCCGAGUUUGGCCGCAAUGCCACGACUCUACUUGUCAUCGCUCACCGACUGAGUACGAUUGCCGACUUCGAUCGUAUCUUGGUGAUGGAUGCGGGCAAAGCAGUUGAAUUUGGACCUCCCAAGGAGCUGAUGGGGAUUGAGAAUGGUGUGUUUAAGAAUCUGGUGGACAACAGCGGCGAGAAGGCGGUGCUGGAGAAAAUGAUUUUUGCGUAA